AUGCAAUGUCCAUAUCAUGGGUUACCUCUAAAUUUACAAAUGAAAUUUUUUUAUGAUGGACUAACCGAAACUUGUCAAUCGACUGUCAAUAAUGUUGCAGGUGGAGCUCUAAAGAAAAAGAAUGCUCAAGAGUCAUAUGACAUAUUUGAGAUGUUGGGAUCCAAUGCUCAACAUGAAGAUACAAGAGGUAAAAGUGCAGGUGUCUAUGAGAUUAGUCCUAACAAUGAGCUUGUUUUACAGGUUGUUGGUUUACAAAGGAAGCUCGAUGUUGUGCUCAAUAUGGUACCUAAAGUUCCUCAAGUUGAAGUUUGUGCUAUUUGCAAUGUUCAAGGACACUCAACUCACAUAUGUUCAACUAGUAAUGAUUAUCCUACGUUUUUCCAUGAACAAGACCAUAUGAUGAAUUCGUACAACCAAAGGCCAAGAAAUGACCCCUUCUCGAACACUUAUAAUCCUGGUUGGAGGAAUCACCCAAACAUCUCUUGGAAAACCCUUCCCGUCAUUAUAACUUCUGACCUUUCACCAUUAGAGGAGGACAAGUUGAUUAAAGUUUUAAGAGACCACAAGAAUGCUAUCGGAUGGACCAUUGCACACAUCAAGGGAAUAAGCCCUACAAUUUGCAUGCAUCAAAUUUUGAUGGAAGAUGCCAAGCCAACUCGAGUCAUUUAUCCUAUCUCAAAUAGCAAAUGGGUGAGUCCUAUCCAAGUUGUUCCAAAGAAGUCAGGCAUCAUAAUGGUCAAGAAUGAGAACAAUGAGCUAGUGCCAAUAAGACCCAUCACGAGAUGGAGAGUUUGCAUUGAUUAUCAGAAGCAAAACACUGCCCACUAG